AUGAAAGAGUUACCCAUGAUUCAACUUCCUCCUGUUUCUGGUAUGGAUCGUUUGCCUUUACCAAUGCCGUUUAACGCUUCAGAUUUACUUUUGAGGUAUCCUUUAGGAUUUUCGUCUCCAACAAAUCAAGGUUACUUAUCAGAUUUCAAAUUACAUCUUCCAGCAAGUUUAGCCACAGAUCCGCGAUUGUGGUCGAGAGAAGAUGUUGUUUACUUUUUAAGAUGGUGUGAAACAGAAUUCGAUCUGCCACAUUUCGAUAUGGAUUUAUUUCAAAUGAACGGAAAAGCUCUUUGUUUCCUCACCAAGAGUGACCUUAACGAAAGAUGCUCUUGGUCCGGAAGAGUUUUACAUAACGUUCUACAGCUCCUUAUACGAGAAACAAAUUCAUUACAAAGAUGUUUACCGUCCAGUCCGGGAACCCCACCGUCUAGGCAUCCGUCUUAUCCAUUUGGACCUCUGCCCUACGGAGGAUGGUCAUUGUCGGAUCUGUAUGCUCAAAAUGCAGCGCACAUAAUUAAUUCUACUAACCCUGUGACUCUCAGUCCGGCGCCUUCUACCGAUAGCCAAUCAAGAAGUCCAGAACAUUCUUCUACGGAUAACCAAGCAUCCAGCGGUAAGAGGCAUCACUUUUUUUUAAAAUUAGGAUUUUUGUUCCGAAUAAAAAAAAAAAAUGUUUUAUUUAACUUGAUGAUGAAAGGUUUUGAAAGUGGAGGUAGCACUGGAAGCCAUCAGUCUGAUUCUGAAGAAGAAAGUUUUGUCGACAAUAGUCCUCCCACAUUACCUCCGCCUGCUCCUUCCACUUCUCCCGGAGCAAAUCACAAAGCUGGAAUUUCAUCACAUAGGCAAUCACAAUCAUCACAACAGCAGCAACAACAGCAGCAGCAGCAACAACAACAACAACAUUUUUUCCCUCCCGGUUCAAAUGAUGUACCGCAUGAACCGAACACAAAUGGUCGCCUUCUCUGGGAUUUUCUUCAACAGUUAUUAAAUGAUCCCGCUCAGAGAUAUACAAAUUUUAUUGCUUGGAAAAAUCACGAAACUGGAGUAUUUAAAAUUGUUGAUCCCGCCGGUUUGGCCAAACUUUGGGGCAUACAAAAAAAUCAUCUCUCGAUGAAUUACGAUAAAAUGUCCAGAGCCUUACGUUACUAUUACAGAGUUAACAUUCUAAGAAAGGUUCAAGGGGAAAGGCAUUGUUAUCAGUUUUUAAGGAAUCCUAGCGAACUAAAAUCAAUAAAAAAUAUUUCUCUUCUUCGGCAACAAAUUUCACUUCAACAGCAACAACAGCAGCAGCAACAACAACAACAACAACAACACUCUCCUUCUUCUCAUUCAUCAAUAACCAUAACACCGAUUAAAAAAGAGCCUUUAAAGGAUGAUUCAGCGAUGGACGUGAUGUCUGAUGGCGACGGUCCGACAGAUUUAUCGACAAGAUUUACACAGUCUCCGACUCCUUCUCCAAAACAAGAAAGUGAAAAACCCACAGAUCUUUCUGUCGGUGAACCGACGAUGCAUUUAACCAUUGUCAAAUCCGAAUAA